AUGGCUGCGAAAGUGUGCAGAUCAGUACUCCUGUUGUCCCGGAGCAGCGGAGCGGCGGCCGGCAGCCUCCCCGCACUUGUUGUCUCUUCACAGCGACAUCAUCAGCACAUAAGACCGCAGGAGGUACUGUCGGCUCCUUUCACCCGUCAGACUGUGAGGAGAGCACAUGGCCUACGGUCUGCAGCCCACUCUACAAUCUUCACCCAGCCCCCCACUGCCCUGUCUCCACGGGUUUGGAGGGGCGCCCCCACAUGGCACGGCCAGAGACUGUUGUGUUCCUCCGCCACUCCAGACGAGGUGACAGUGGUGUAUCAGAACGGGCUGCCGGUGAUCUCAGUCAGUUUGCCGUCCCGGCGAGAGCGCUGUCAGUUCACCCUCAAGCCUCUCAGCGACAGUGUGGGAGUUUUCCUGCAACAGCUCCAGGCCGAGGACAGAGGCAUCGACCGCGUAGCCAUCUACUCCACGGAUGGAGCGAGGGUCGCCUCCUCCACAGGAAUAGACAUCCUGCUGCUGGAUGAUUUCAAGCUUGUCAUCAACGAUACCACACACCUUGUGCGACCAGCACGGAGAGAGCUACUACCCCACGAAGAGGGAGAGAGGCUGAAUGACGUCAAGUUUCUGGUGCAGCAGCUCUACACCACCCUACGCAUCGAGGAGCACCAACUCAGCAAGGAACGCGAGCUGAUUGGACGACUUGAGGACCUCAACUCUGAACUCCGCCCCUUAGAGAAGAUGAGGGUGGAUCUGAAUAGGAAGGCAGAGCGGCGUACCACCUUGGUGAUGUGGGGGGGCAUGGCGUACAUGGCCACCCAGUUUGGCGUACUGGCCCGACUCACCUGGUGGGAGUACUCCUGGGAUAUCAUGGAGCCCGUCACCUACUUUAUCACCUACGGCACGGCCAUGUUCAUGUACGCCUACUACGUGCUUACUCGCCAGGAGUAUAUUUACCCCGACGCUAGAGACAGACAGUAUCUGCUGUUCUUCCACAAGGGGGUGAAAAGGACACGCUUUGACAUCGAGAAGUACAACCAGCUGAAGGAUGAUAUUGCUGAGGUGGAGUUGGAUCUGAAGCGUCUUCGGGACCCGCUCCAGCUCCAGCUCCCAGUCCAGCAGCUCACCUCCAGUAAAGAUUGAUGGGAAGAGUGACUCCCUCCUCUCUCAACUCCUGCAACCUCCUUUUCCUCCUCUCUCUUCCGUCCAACACCCUCCUCCCUCCCAAUUUACCCCAAACUCUCUCCUCCAACUCCUCCCUCCCUCCCCCAUCCCUCCCACACCCAAUAACCCCAUCCCUUUCUCGACUGUGAGUUAGUUUUUCCCCCUUUUUUUUUUUUUCCUUCUUUUUUCUUUUUUUUCUUUCCUGACUGAAAACUCCAGUUGGAAUUGCAAGAGGAUAACCGCUAAAAAAAAAAAUUCGAAGAUAGGAUGGCGAGAGUACCGGGAACUUGAAAAAACUCUCCCAGCCGAAGGAAGGGUGAGGAUGAUGAAAAGGACAACGAUGAUGAAGGAAUAAAACUGGGCACUAUGGAUACGCCUCAAGUCUCCGGAGGGACAGCCUGCAGGGAACUUCAGGGGGCAAACGGGACUCAUUAUCACACCUCUAGACACAGAGGGGCGCUGAUUGUGGAGUGAGUGUGUGUGUGUGUGUGUGUGGGGGACUUUCAGGGUACAAUGGGACACCGACCCUGGCCGAUUCGAGGGUCGACACACCCGCUUAAUCCGGCUUCCUCUCGCAGUCAAACUGUCGACACACACACCUUCUCUUGGUUGGGGCAGGAGUCUCUAUCCCACACGUUUACAAGGAAGUCCUGACUGCAGUCGCACCACCAGGGGACCUCCGUCUUCCUGUGGCUGAACUCUGCUGCCUCUCCCUCCCUGGGCCCCGCCUUCUCCAGGUGACGGACAGCUGUCCCUCCCAGUGUGACCUUUCCUCGCAGGAUAUAGGCAUGAUGACGCCUCGUUUCCUCUUCCUGUUGACAUCCUGUAGCGGCCCGGGUCUGCGCAAGUAUGAGAGUACUACCGACAACAACAUCACUGUGUGUUCUUUUACUCCGAAAAAAAUAUUUUGGCACUUUUUAUUUUGAAAGCCAUAGUAUAUUUGUUAUGAAAAGAAUAUAAAUAUAUAUAUGUAUACAAUCAAAUAAACAGAUGACCAGAGGCUAGUUUUUUUCAGUGGGGGGAGGAGCUCUCUUACAAACAUCAUUUCAUCAGAAACUAAUUGACAUCCUCUGGAGAUCUUCUGCCAUGAAGGGUCCUCUGCUAACAGUCCAGCGCACGCACACACACACACACACACAGCAGUAUAAAGUAUGCAUUCACGACUAACUAUUUCAUAUCUUGUCCUGACAAACACACAAUGUAUUUCACACUAACUACGUCCUGGUUGGGCGUAAGGCUCCUGUGCAUGGCCACCAAAGGGGGGGAAUCUAUGUUGAAAUCAGGGUGAAAAUGACUGAUCGGAAUUGAUUUUGAGCAACGCAGAAUGUCGAUGUGGAUAAUGCCAUGCUUGACCUCUAUAAUCAUCUCACGAACACAAAAAAUGCUGCGGAAAUGCUUAAUGAAGGGGUUAAAAUGUGCAGUGACCAUUGUCUCAGAUAAACCCACAGGCAUGUUUAUAUAUCUGAUGAACUGUGUGGCUUUAGAAACGAGUAAAGCCUCAUUAUACAGCAGGAGUAAUCCGCCUGCAAUCCUUUCCCCACAAUAUCAUAUAUAUAAUUUCUCCUUUUCCAAUCCAAAGUCUCGUUCUUGGAGGUGAAAAAUGACCAUUUCCAGAUAUUCAGUGACCUGGCCUUUAGCUUAGCAGCAUGUGAUGUGCUUUUCAACAUAAGAUUUGUAUAGGAUUCUCCUUCACAAAGCUUAUAGACAAAGUAACAGAAGGCUGAAUCAAAAGAAAAAGUGUCAUGGUAUUUAUUCACAGAGGCUUUUUUUGAGUUUUCUCCUCCCACUGUUGCUGUAACCCCCUGCUCCCGCGAAGGCAAGGCAGGGUAGACUGCAUGCUGUGGUAUGCCCUCAGUAGAAAUGUGUGAAUGUGUAGGAGCAUUGCAAUUUUGUACUUAAUUGGACACUUUUCUUUGCCACAUCUAGCUGAAGUCUCAUCCCCCCCUGAUUGAGGUUGAAUCAGAAGCCAUAUGUUACAUUUUUUCCAUUUUGGGAUAGUCACUGAAUAAACCGUUGUUUGGCUCUACUUAGCUUUCUGUUCUGAAGACUUCACCCAUAACUGCUGUAGAUGGCCUCUGCAGAAAAGCAAUGACUUGGCAUCCCCUGAACAUGAACAUCCUGCAUGUGUGUGGACAGUCGGCUGAAUCCUACUGCAGAGAUCCAUGUUUAACUGCAGAUUUUGUAUUAAAAUGCAUGAUUUUAGGUCAAAUCAGAAGUUAUUCAUGCAGAUCUCAAGGCAGGAGUUGGUCAAAUCUGUUAGUGUGUGUAUGUGUGUUUUAUCUCCAAGGAAAUUGGUGCCUCUUGGAGGACUAAUAAUUUAAAAGGUAGAUAAUAAUUAAGUUAUCUGUAGAAAAGCAAUGAUAUGAUCAUUGAGAAAGUCAAUCUUUUAUUUGGAAUGCACCUUUAUUUAAAGGAAGGGUUACAUUUACAUUUUUGAGAGUGGAAAUCAACUUUAUUGUGCGCCUGUGAAUGCAUGUGUUGGUUUAAUACACGUCUUGACAAGUUGGUGCAUUGUGGGCAAAGUUUAGAUCAUUCAUGAAUCCUUUGCCUCUAAUCACUGACUGGUAGAAAAUAAAUUCCGCCCUCAUCCCACUUCAUCGCAGCCAUUACACACACACACUCACACUCACACACACACACACACAGUGACGUUGGUGUUUCCUUGGAGAUGUGCUGUGGCAGGUGAGAGCCGCUGUCUGCAGUCCGAUCCUCCCCUCUGCGGUUUCCACACAACUCUCCAUCAUCACCUCCUCUUUUGAUCACGCCAUCCACCGUUUAUUGCCUUGUUUUUUUCUCAUUUCUUUUUUAAAAAGCUAAAUAUAUCAAAUAUAGGGAAACUUUAUUAUAAAGAGGGUGUUGCAUGAAUGUAUGUUUACAUGGGAAAUUAUGUGAAAAUAAAAAAGACGAUUUAUCAACAAAAAAAAUAAACUGCAGAGAUAAUUUAAGAACGUUGUUUGUAGAGAUUCCUAGAUAUAAAGGGCAGUGGACAGGGCUGCGACUUUAGAAAUGCCCUGCCAAAUCUGACUUAAAUCCCAGCCAACCAACUGCUCAAACCCCACUCCCAUCCUCACCUUAUUUACUCCCAUAAACCCCUCCCUCAGAGUGCAUUAAUACUCCCCAAAUGGAAGGAUAAAACACCCUCCAUCCUCGAUGCACCUGUAAAGGAGGAGACCUCAUGACCUCGGUUACUAACGUCCUGGAUUUAAGUCCAAAGAAAGUGUCAGGCUUUUCGGGGAUCACCUCCCAUUCUCGUCCCUCUCUCCCGUCAUUUUCAUCCACCCUCAGCCUUUUUUCCUCCAAAGCGACAUUAUUAUUCUAUGUUUUCAAAGUGUGUUAUGUUUUGAAUAUCUUGUUUGUCUGCACUUACAAUAAGAUGUUUUAAAAUGCCUAUAGAGUGACGCAGAAUAUGGGAUUGAAAUGAACUUGUACUCCAUUCUGACCUCUAAUUUUAUUUCGUUUUUCUUGUCUGUUUUUCUUCUGUUGACAUGAUGCUGUAAUGUUGGCAAAAAAGAAAAAUGUAAAAUCCUGUAUCAUUUAUGAAAUAUGUAUAAAAGAGAAAUGUAAUUCAAUUAUCAAUAAAAUCCUUAUCCAGUUUUUGGAGACGGUG